AUGAGGAAGAGGCACCUCUCCCAUUUUGAACUUCCCAACGAUAAGUGGAACUUGGUAGACGACAGCCUGCUCUACCGAAUCGUCAAAGACGCGGAAGACAAAGUUUACAAGAAGAUAUUUUCCUUCGACCUGGACAACACCCUAAUCCUGUCCCGCUCCUUCUUCAAGCCUGCUCAAAACGAGCACGACUACAUUUUCUACGCAGACGUAAUCGAUUUUAUAAAAAAAAAAAGAAAUGAAAAUUACAAAAUAAUUAUUUUCUCCAAUCAAAAGGGAGUAAGCACAGGGAAAAUAAGUCUUCUAAAUAUAGUUAACCGGGUUGAUGAUGUCAUCGACAAAAUAGGGAUCCCCUUGGAGUGCUACUUGGCAUUAAAAAAUGACAAGUACAGGAAGCCACGAAUUGGCAUGUAUAAUUUUGCCCUGCAAAAUAAUAAAGCCAAAAUUGAAGAAAUUAUUUAUGUAGGAGAUAAUGCCAACAGAAUUUAUGAUGACAAUUUUAAGACAAAAUUUAUUAAUCACCUCAAGUGUGUAUAUACUCAAAAUAAGGUGAAUAUCAAUAUAGGCGAAAUUGCCAAGAGGUUGAAAAAGGACUACACAGAUACCGAUUUAAAAUUUGCACUGAAUAUAAAGGCUACAUUUUACACCCCUGAGGAACUGUUCCUAAACAUAAAAAAUAACAUAUCAACAGAGUUUUCCUUCAAUCCGUCCACCUUGCUCAAAAAUGUGGAUAUAAAAUCAAAUGAGCAGGACGCUCAGGGUGACUUGCGCCGUUUGCUUCGACCAGAUCUGCACCUAGGGCACGAACAAAAGGAAGCCUCCUCCCCAAAAAAUGAAACACAAAAUGGAAAACAAGGUGAAACCGCCUCUCCACAAACUGACACACAAGCUGACACACAAACUGGCACAAAAAAUGGAACGAAAAACGGAACGGAAAACGGAACGGAAAAUGGAACGGAAAAUGAAACGCAAGAUGAAGGCGCCUCCCCCCCAAAUGAUCUGCCACAGUCGCCGCCACAGGGUGAACAAUAUUUGGUGCUGCUAAUUGGCCCCCCGGGCUGCGGAAAAACUUCCAUUUGCAAAAAAUAUUUCGCAGACUUCGUUAGCAUAAAUUUAGAGGAACUGAGCACAAAAAAUAAACGCAUAGAUACCAUCAGACAAUCCAUUACAAGCGGCAAAAAUGUUGUAAUGGACAACGCAAAUAUAUACGUAAAAAACAGGCUAAUCUAUAUCUCUGAGGCAAAAAAAAUAAAUGCUAAUUUAAAGGUUAGCGCCAUUUUCUUUCAAUAUUCCAAAGAGUUGGUUUUUCACUUGAACAACUUCAAAAUGAUUACCGAUGAAGAAAAUAUUAUGCACGAAGUUCCGACCAUUGCCAUUCACUCCUUUUAUAAAUAUGUAGAAGUACCCUCUGAAAGUGAAAACUUUGACAGAGUCGUAACUCUGCAUGAUGAGCAUUUUGUGCCAUCCGAUUUACAGAACGAGGAGCGCCGAAAGUUAUUUUUUUCGUACUUGUACUAA